UAUGAGUGUUAGAUCUAUCCAUGCUGUGCCACAGUAUAAUUCCCUUAAAGCCGACUUCCUCUCAACAAAUCUAGUGGCAAAGAGAGAGAAGGGAGCCUUACCAUGGGGAGGGCACCUUGCUGUGACAAGUCCAAAGUGAAGAAGGGCCCUUGGUCUCCAGAGGAAGACAACCAGCUCAGAGAGCACAUAGAGAAGCAUGGCACAGGAGGAAAUUGGAUUGCUCUCCCUCAAAAAGCUGGGUUGAGGAGGUGCGGAAAGAGUUGCAGGCUGAGAUGGCUCAACUAUUUGAGGCCUAACAUAAAGCACGGGGACUUCUCUGAUGAUGAGGACAGGAUCAUUUGCAGCCUCUUUGCUAACAUUGGAAGCAGAUGGUCCAUCAUUGCUUCUCAGCUCCCUGGAAGGACGGACAACGACAUCAAGAACUACUGGAACACUAAGCUGAAGAAGAAGCUACUCGGCCUGCCACCAUCACACAGAAACAACAAGCAGCUUCAUUACCAGAUCAAGCAGCAACAGACGGAUGUUUUGCCUGCCGCUUCAUAUAUCUCAUCUGCAGUACUUACAGAGCUGGAUCAGGGGGGGAUGCCAGUGCUGCCUUCUCAUUGCUUCUUCAGUUCUGCCAUGGAUUUCAAUCCUGCUUACGUUCCUCAAGGCCCCCAAAACGACUCCAUCGGGAGCAGCCUCAUCAGCUUCGAUCAGCAGAGCUGCUGCAGCUCAUCUGAUGCCAGCAGCUAUGGCCUGUACGAGAGUUUCAGGCAGCUCUUGGGGAGUGCUACUGCUGCUGAGAAGCUGAUGCACGGCGGUUUCAACUUUGACUUUGAGGAGGUGAAGCCUCACGAUGCAUAUAAUUUGGACUCAUGCUUCAGGAACCUAUACAACUAGUGAAGCUGACUGCCUCUGUAUAAUGACAAGCUGAGAUUGUAUAAUCCUGUUCUUUUUUUUUUCCUUCUCAUUUUUCUUUUUCUUUUUUUCUCGGCGUCUGGGGAGUGAGAUUGUGUGACUUUGAUAGUGCAGGGGUGGCAUUGAAAUGUGUGGGGUUGUGUUUAGGCUUGGUCCUUUUAUUUCUGACAAGAUGUUUGGCAUGUGUAUGUGUGAGUCCAGUGCUUGCUAAAUAUAUAUAAAUAUAUAUCAUUCAUAGGUCUAAAUCUGAUGUACC